AUGCGUCUAAUUACUCGUCAUCAGUUACCUUCGAUUCAUCCCAGGCGGUCUUUUGUUUCCUUGUUAUUUACUAUUAGUAUUUUUGUUAGUAUAGGAAUUAUUUUACGUGCUGCUAAUCAAGAUACACAAUCAACUGCAAUUAUAAAUGAACCAAUUGUAACAAAACAAAAAGAAGUAAAAUUAUCCGAAAAUAAGACUAUAUUAAAUCAAAAAAUUGCUCCCGUUCAAAAAGAAAACGCAUGGCCUUUAGAUGCUCAAGGUCGUUCAUUAAAAACAAACUUCUUAGUUCUUGAUUGGACUGGUUUUUUCGGUGGAGGAGCUACUGAAGGUGAACGUGUACUAUGUUCAUCAUCCAAUACUACGUUUGUAUGGACACGUCAACACAAUCGAAUUGAAGAAACUGAUUUUAUUAUUGCACAUGAUGGUGGUGCUGGCGGAAGUAUUCCAUUCGAUCAUUUACAUCUUAAUAAAGAUCAACAACAAUAUACAAUGGCAUUCGUUAUGGAAAGUGAAGUACAUUCAACAACAGGCAAUGCUUGGGCAAGAUUUAAUUUUAUAAUGACAUAUAAUCUUGAUGACAGUUAUCCAGAGCCAGCAACAUACUUUGAUAUGAAUUUAUACUUGGAUGAUUUACUCAGGCCACCAAGUGUUUCGUUUGAAGACAAAGAAAAACAAGCCGAUGCUGUGUGGAUUAUUUCAAAUUGUAAUGCACAAAAUGGUCGUGAAGGAUUUAUUCAACGAUUAAUGCAAGAAAUCAAAAUCGAUUCGUUCGGAUCAUGUUUUAAAUAA